AUGGCAAUCAAAGACGAACCCCGCGAGCUCGCACUCCCCAAGAACGCUGUGAAGCCCAGCAGACCGCAGCCCAAGCCGGGCUCUGGUGAAAAAGAGCGGCAGGACGCGCUCAAGCAGCUACGCGACUACCGACGCGCGGCGGCGUGGCCCGUGCACCGCUGGCCGCUCGAAAAGUGCGCCGCGCUGGAGCGCACGCGCAUACACCUCCCGCGGACGUACCGCGCGCGCGGAGGGCUCGAGGUGCGUGCCGUGCACUCGGGCGCGGACCUGAACGUGCUCGUGCACCGGUUCUACCUCGAGGAGGUGCGCGGGGGCGAGAAGGGCAGACGUGACGGGGACAAGGAGAGGGACGUUAUUAGUCGUCUGGAUGGAGUACAGCUGUGCGAGCGCGGGCCGAAUUAUGUUACGGCGGACGACGUUGUCCCGCGGAGACAUGAGUAUCUCGGCCCGGAUCCACGCGUCGUGGGCUACUUCUUUGACGGCGCGGGCGAGGUACAUGUGCGCUUCUGGGACGCGUUCCUCCGUGACCAGUGGAUGGAUACGCAGACGUGGCAGUUCGACGUGCGGAUGGACGAGCAUGGGAAAUGGGCCGAGAGGGAAGAUUGA